UUGCCGCGCUUCACCUCGCCGCGCUUCACCUCUUCUCGCUUCGGAUCGUCUCGUCUCGGUCUCGGAGGAAGCAUCGCCUGCAUGGACGCUUCGUACUUGUGCUCCCCUCAAGAAGUCAAUAGACACGAUAUGACUUACACCAGGCUGGCUACCGGUGGUGCGGGUCAAUAACUUGGCCAUCUGAGUGGAGUAAAAUAUUUUUUCAGUAGCUAAACAUUAUGAGCUACCUUGGUCUAAUGAUGCCGAACAGCAGCAGCUAGUAGAUGAAGACAAUCGAUCGAGUGGCCCAAGUAUUUUCCAACGUAGAGAGGAAACAUUCCAAGUUACUCCGUAUUCGCUUAACGGUAUUUUCGCGGACAUCGAAAAUCGCAUUCCUUUGUAGUCUUGGGGAACACCGUGCACGCGAUUUACUUCGGACCGCCACUUGACCCAUGUGCCCAAAAACGUCGAUUAUUGUAUAAUCGAAGCUGCAGAGGAGUAGUGAGAAUGCGAAGAAUGCUUUGACACGAUCAGCCUCCACAGCAAUUAUCAUCAUGGUGCACCGUCGUCGAGGAAUGUCAUAAAAGCUGAACUCCGAAUCUCGUGGGAAACAACGACAUUACGAAUAUAAUUCGAUCGAGAAUAAAAAGAUUCAAGAAUCCGGACGAUGACUUCCAUGUGUGGCAGCGGAAAGAAUCAUGCCGUGAUGAGUGCCGGCGGUUAUUACAGACCUUACACUUAUCAGAGUGACUAUUAUCUACCAAGAUCCACUUGGUCCAGAGUAUCGGUAGCACAAAAAAAUACUACAUGGAGGUUUGGCAGUGCCAUGUUAAUUAUAUCCGCUAUGUUAGUGUUAAUCGCAGUUCUAGCGAUUGCUGGAUUAGCUCUAUGGAUGGGUGCUUUCCGAACAGAUUCUAAAAAUGCUAUCGUCGGAUUUUCAUGUAGCUUCAGAAUAGUGAGAGGCGAAAGGUAUAAUCCCAUGUUAAAAUUGAACACGAGCAUGGUCUUCCGGGAGAAGGAACGCAAAUUCAAAAAUAUUUUCGAGCUAUUAUUUAGGAGAAGCGUGCUCGGUUUAUCCUACAAACAAACCAUAAUAGAUAAGUUUGAGAAUGGAACUUUGAAAGUUUUCUUCAGGUUGUACCUCGACCGAAGGAAGAUACCACGCUCGAUCGUAAAUGUCGAGGACGCCAUCCAAGAUAUUAUUGUCAAAGAAACAUACUCAAUAUCAUCCUUGUUCAAAGAUAUGGAAUUAGACCUCCCAACCAUAUUAGUGAAAAGAAUAAAUCAAGAAGGCAUCGUAAAUCAGAAACAAGGGCAGCAGAAACAUACUAUGAUCACUAAAAAUGGCUUAUUACGACCAAAUAGAAACAGCAGCUUGAUUAUGAGUUCAAAGCCAAAAACGAAACCAAGCAGAGUCGAUUCCAACGAGCCCAACAUAGACUUCAACAACAUCCCAACCAUCCAGGGUACCUAUAGAGCAACGAAAGUUAAUAUCACCGCAGAAAAUUCUACUAAAGGGACAUCUGAGUCGAUAAAAGAUAACAAGGGAUUAGCAACUACUACUAGGAGAGCGCCAUCGCACACCACGACGUUACAAAAGAUAUCGAGUCACGGAGACUCUUCGCCAACGGAGGAGCCUUCGACGUUUUUCAUGAGAUCCACGACAGCUACGUUCAACAGAAAUAAAUCGGACGAAAAACAGGAGAGCGAAAUGAAAACUACGUCUUCAGGGACUACAACGGUUCGAAGCGAUUUGGACAUUUUUAAAGAUUUUCGUAAUCCAGAUUUCGAGAAUAACUCACCGUGGAAACCGAUCGUGCCGGGAUAUGUAAAUACGGAAUUCAAGCUGUUACCUAAUGACGAUGUCAAAGAAACCAGUUAUACGGAAUCGACCACGCGAAGAGUCGUUUCAACGACGAACGAUUCCCGCGAUAACGUAAGAACGCCCAACGCCGGAACCAGCACGAUAUCAUCAACGGUGCCAGGGUUACCAUUAGGCUCAGUCAAUUUUCGCGACGUGUCUGCGAUAAAUGCCUUCGAUACGGACAAUACCGACUUUCCACGAGAUAGAAUCGUUCCAGGUUUGACAGCUAGGCCGAGCGACAACGGGAAACUGGACAUUGAAGUAGCCGGACAGCUGCCUUCGGAAAUGUACAGUGUCAAGCUAAAAGCCUCAUCACGUAACGACGACGAUAGAGUAACUUCCAGCUCUGAGAUGACUCAAGUUGUUUCUGAAAAUAUCCCAGCCAAAGGCAAUGCCUUUCAAGAGAAGCGUGGAGACUCAAACGCUACUCGAAAUCCGGAAAUAAAGUUUGACAAUUCGGCAUCGACAGUGGAGCCUGAUGAUAUAUUCGGAUUACGCAGCGACGAGAGAAUUGUGAACGAUUCGCUCACGCACACGAGCGGUAUUGGCGUGGCAGAACCUGUGUCAGACACGGAAGUCGAACUGGAAGCGAAGAAUCGAUACGGGGAAAGCGGUAUCCCGGCGUUGACCGCAGACGAAAAUAUGUUGCGGAAUAGGAAGAUUAACGUUAAUCCGCUGCAACCGAUUUACACCAGUUACAAUACGCCCGAUUUGAACGGCGGUAGCCUCGGGUCCAGUCUGAUCGAGAACAUGGCAACUACGAAGCCUUUCAGACACACGAUACCCGUCGACAAAAUCACGUCCGUCGUAAAUUAUAGUAUCAACGUUCCUCUUCAUAACUUGAACACUCUGUCUCUUUCGGAUAACGCGACCACCAAUGCGAAAUUGUUCCAGGAUAAAGCUCUGACGCCGAUACCAUCAAAGACAGUCGAAGUGGAAACUUCUGUUAUGGGACACGAUGAUGCGAUGGCCCAGCUGGCAAGUUACGAGCGAGUUACGUCGCCAGACCCGAAUGUCGUGCGAAUCAUAAAAAAUGACGAUAGAUUGUCGCACUUUAACGUUACAGAGAGUUACUCAGAGCCAAAGCUGAUCGCCAAAGAUUCGGGCGGCAAGAGAGGCGUAUCGAGAAAUUCAACGUUCGUCGAGAUCGAUAUUGUGAAGCACACGCCCGGCGAGUCGGAGGAAAACUCGGAGGCAUACGCGGACCAGGUGAUAUCUGGCGACAGCGCACUGCAAAAGAAGAAAGUUUAUAACGAGACUUUAAAGGCCUACGUAGUGGAGAAUCUCGUGACGUUGGCACCUGUCAAGAGCAACACGGGGAUCGGUAGGCCAGUACGACCGAGACCGAAGAUCGACUCCCCCGACACGUCUCUUCUGGAGCAACUAUUUGGAGUGCGCGAUUACACGCACGACAGAGAUACGGGUACCGAACCAGCUGUCUCUGAAUCGUCUUCCUCCUCGCAUGAGGACGAGAACUCUACGAAAUCCGACGAAAAAGAAUCUUUGAAUCGUAAGAGCACUAUAGUGGAACAGAUAGUCGAAGUCGUGACCUCCAUCAGCACCAGAGUAUCGUCCAGCAUGAAGACCGAUCCGGUCAUCCUGAAGUUCAUCGUCACCAACUCUACCACUGAUCCGGUUACUCAUUCAGGGAACACUUCGACGUCCAGCGACGAGGCAACUAAAUCGUUUGACUCGGCAGUCGACACAACGGAGAGGAUACUCUCGUGGACCCAAAAACGGCCGAUUUUAUCAGCGGCGAAUUUAAGGACGAUGCAGACGUCGGACAGAAAAAUGUCGCUCGAGGAGAACAGAGUUCUACUGGAGAAGCUCAAACAACUCGCUCAGGUCAAAACGGAUGGCGAUCCCGUGCGGAUUAUUAAAAUCAACUCGAACUCGAGCGAAAUGUUGCGGCCUCAGGAUCUCGCGUCGCCGGUGAACAUCGACCAGCUGAAAAAAAUCGCCGACGUCGUGACCGGAAACGAGACCCUACAGAACGCAAGCUCGGGAUCCACGUUGAGUCGCGAUGGAGUGGAAAUAUUUACGAAAGUACUGACUAAGGAAAACCGAGCGAACGAGACACGUACAAUGUCGACGAUUCAAAAAGUCAGCAAGACUAUCAGCAAGACUAAUGAUAGCUGCGAUGGCUUCUUCUGCGGAGAUGGUAAAUGCUUGAACUCCAGCGCGAUUUGUAACAUGCUGGUAGAAUGUCCGAGCGCGGAGGACGAAGCUAAUUGCACGUGCGCUGACUUCCUCAAGACGAAAAUGUUGUAUCAAAAAAUCUGCGACGGUAUCGCCGAUUGUUGGGAUUAUUCAGACGAGAGCAAUUGCGAUUGGUGCGAGAAAGGGCAAUUCGUUUGCGGUAACAGCAAAUCUUGCAUUGAUGUGGAUAAGGUGUGCAACGGUUUUAGCGAUUGUCCCGGCGGCGAAGACGAGAAGAAGUGCACCGCUCUGAUAGACGACGAGCCAGAAGAAGACAUUGCUAAAUCGCGGAUUGAUCUCGCCUCGACGGAAAAUGUAUCGAAAAAUUAUUCCGAGAUAGAAUCUCAUCUCGAGGCAAUCGAAUCUUCUAUUAUAGACACGACUACUUUAUAUGUUCUCCCUGAUGAUCUCAAAUCCGAGAGAUUGAUAAACGACAAGAACAGCUUCUCUCCGAAAUUGAUUAAUCAAGAAUCGACUCGGAAUAGAGAUGCGGAGGAGAGAAAAGUGGGCGUCGCUGUUUCCAGUAAAGAGACACCGUCAAACAUUUUAAGUAACGGUUUAAUUCCGGGAAAUAAUUUGCGUGUUAAAAGUAACGGAACUUUUCCAGUGGCAAACGUUUAUAGCAAGGAGAUCGACAAUUAUAACAGCAGAGGAUAUCUCAGCGUUCGUAAAAAUGGUAUAUGGGGAAAACUUUGUUUAGAUGAUAAUCUUAGCGAAGAGCGGCACGCGCGCCGAAUUACGUGGUCCCUCGAAGACCUCGCUAAAGCUGCGUGCAAAGCCAUUACGUAUCAAGAUUACGAGACGGUGGAAAGAGUGCUGGAUCAAAACCCGAUGCCGAAACAGUUUUACUACACUUUGUCGUACAACGACAAAUCAGAUCUUUCGGAUAGAACAGCCUUGUCUUUCAAAUCGUCCGAAUGCCCAAGCGGCAAGGUCCUAAAAGUAAAAUGCAAAAAUUUCGAAUGCGGGAUAAGAACUCAGGUGGCAUCGACCGCGAGGAUUGUUGGUGGUGCAAGUAGCUCCAUGGGCAACUGGCCAUGGCAAAUUGCCUUGUACAAAGAUGGUAAUUAUCAAUGUGGUGGUGCUUUAAUUAACGAUAGAUGGGUUAUUUCUGCAGCGCAUUGCUUUUAUCGCGCGCAGGAUAGCUACUGGGUCGCAAGAAUCGGUGCGACUCGUAGAGGAAGUUUCCGCAGCCCGCACGAACAACUCUUACGAGUAGAUUACAUAUCGCUACACCCGGAUUACAUCGAUAACGGAUUUGUCAAUGACAUAGCUGUAAUAAGACUCGAACGAGCGGUUAGCUUCAGCGAUUACAUUCGACCUGUGUGCCUCCCGAAAUCACCGGUCUCCAGCGAGACUAUUUGCGUGGUCACUGGCUGGGGUCAAUUGAACGAGAUCGGCAGAGUGUUCCCUGACACUCUGCAAGAAAUUCAAAUCCCGGUCAUAUCAACGGAGGAUUGUCGACGAAAGACUCUAUUCUUGCCGCUCUAUAGGAUUACAUCCGGUAUGCUCUGUGCAGGACUAGAAAACGGCGGUAAAGAUGCUUGUUUAGGAGAUAGCGGAGGUCCUUUGGUAUGCUUGUCUCCGGUGGAAAAUCGUUAUGUGCUACAAGGUAUAACUUCAAACGGAUACGGAUGCGGAAGACGAGAACGACCGGGCGUUUAUACGAAAAUUUAUUCCUACUUGACUUACAUUGAUUAUAUCACCACGCAGAAAGAUAUCCAACCUUCCGUAGUGGAAUUCUGCAAAGGUCAUAGAUGCCCUCUCGGAGAGUGUUUACCCAAAUCACGUGUCUGCAAUGGAUUUCUGGAGUGCUCCGAUGGCAGCGACGAACGAGAUUGCUCCGCAAUCUCGCGAUAAUACAAGACUGAUAUGUCGAUAUGAUAAUGUAAACGCGAUUUAUACAAGCAACGCUAGCGCGGUCCAAUAAAUAGGUACAUAGUCUCAUUGAGGAAAAACUCACACGCCCGAUUGUAUAUACGGAAAGUAUAUAAUGUAUCUAUACAAAUAGAAUUAAAAUACAGUAAUAAUAAGCAGCAAAAUUCGAUAGAGACCGUUGCAAAACUUUCCUUCAGAUUGUUCUGCAAAUAUAUCUUCAAGAAGAGCAUUUUUUAGUUUUAAACUAAUUGUACAUACAUCGAGAAAAAAUAGAAAAAAGUUCUACGAUUAUUUAUUUAGAAUUUAGAACAUUGUCUCUCAAUGUCGCGUUAUUAAUUAUCAUUACUUUAGUCUCUAUAGAUCAUGUCCGUGCAGAUUGGGACAAACUUGACUCGAAGCUUAUGUUAACUCUGCUUUUAGAUGGAUACUUUAAGUUACGCUAUUGGCAAGAUUUGAUCGAAUAAAAGGAGUCUAGUCUAUGAUGUAAAAAGACACGACUUAUCCUCUCUCACAGUAAUGUACAUAUUUAAAUUACUAUGAAAUUACAUUUAAUGUAAAACUAACAUAAGAAAAGAUGACAGUCAAUAUAUAU